AUGGAGUUUCUGAGCUUUUAUGGAACCGAGAACUUUUUUGACCGCCACAGUGACUUGAGACUGGACAUAGACAGCAUGUCCUACGAGGUAACGCUUUAGCUAUUGGUAUUCUACCCACAUAGAAGCUCCUUUGCCUUCAUAUGUUUCUAUUCCCAUCUUAAUAAAAAAAAAAAAGAAAAAAAAAAAGGAAGUACAUUGAAAGCUUCAUCUAUCAGCCAUUUUGAGAAAACCUGAAGCCUUUUGAUGUGCGCACAGGAGCUCCUUGCAUUGGAGGAACAGAUCGGAGAUGUUAAGACCGGUCUCUCCAGAGAGGCUAUCUUGGAGAAGUUGAAGACAAGAAGUUGCACAACCCGAUCGUUGUCGAAGGCACCCUCUGACCAUAUGCCUGAGAAUGGAACCUGCAUCAUAUGCCAGGUACAUGCCCAAGAUGAAGCAUUUUUAUUCAAUAGUUGUCAUAUUUUUAUUCUCUUAUAAAAUUCAUCAGACCCACCCUGUUUAAUUAUCGCCUUCAUCCUUCCCUUUUAUGGGUGGUGUGGCGGGUCGAUGCUGAAGGUGGAGUAUGCAGAGAAAGAGAGAAUAGGGACUCUGGAUUGCGGCCACGAGUACCAUGCGGGUUGUAUAACCGAGUGGCUGCUUGUGAAGAACCUCUGCCCAGUCUGCAAAACCACGGCUGUGCCUGCAGAUGGGAUAGAAAGAUGA